GCAGCGCGCCGGAAGCGCGGGUGGUGCGCCUUGUUUCCCUCACGCGGCGGCGGAGAAUCCCGCGGAUCCCAGUGGGAGCGGCGGCGGCGACAUGGCUGAGGCCGCGGCCGGAGGGAGCCGCUUCAAGGCCAACUAUGCCAUCGACCGCAAGAUCGAGCCUUUCUACAAGGGUGGGAAGGUGCAGCUGGACCAGGCUGGGCAGCACCUCUUCUGUGUCUGUGGAGCCAAAGUCAACAUCCUGGACGUGGCCUCGGGGACUGUUCUGCAGGGCCUGGCGCAGGAGGACCAGGAGGACAUCACAGCCUUUGACCUCAGCCCUGAUGAUGAGGUGCUGGUGACGGCCAGUCGGGCGCUGCUGCUGGUCCAGUGGGCCUGGCGCGAGGGCAGCGCCACCCGCCUGUGGAAGGCGAUACACACGGCCCCUGUGGCCUCCAUGGCCUUUGACCCCACCUCCACGCUGCUCGCCACAGGCGGCUGCGAUGGAGCCGUGCGCGUCUGGGACGUCGUGCGCCACUAUGGGACACACCACCUGCGGGGCUCAUCCGGCGUUGUGCACCUGGUGGCCUUCCACCCGGACCCUGCCCGGCUGCUGCUCUUCUCCUCGGCUGCGGAUGCGGCCAUCCGCCUGUGGUCACUGCAGGACCGGUCAUGCCUGGCCGUGCUGACUGCCCACUACAGUGCCGUCACCUCGUUGGCCUUUAGUGCCGACGGCCACAGCAUGCUCAGCUCUGGCCGUGACAAGAUCUGCAUCAUCUGGGACCUGCAGAGUCACCAGGCCACAAGGACCGUGCCAGUGUUCGAGAGCGUGGAGGCAGCCGUGCUGCUGCCAGAGGAGCCGGUGCCUGAGCUGGGAGUCACGUCCGCGGGCUUGCACUUCCUGACUGCCGGUGACCAAGGGUCGCUGCGUGUGUGGGAGGCAGCGUCUGGGCAGUGCGUGUACGUGCAGCCGCAGCCACCAGGCCCUGGACGGGAGCUGACGCACUGUGCGCUGGCCCGUGCCGCUGGCCUACUCCUCAGCGUCACUGCCGACCACAACCUGCUGCUCUACGAGGCCCACUCCCUGAGGCUGUGGAAGCAGUUUGCCGGCUACAGCGAGGAGGUACUGGACGUCCGGUUCCUCGGGCCCGAGGACUCCCAUGUGGUUGUGGCCUCCAACAGCCCCUGCUUGAAGGUGUUUGAGCUGCAGACGUCAGCCUGCCAGAUCCUCCACGGCCACACAGAUAUUGUCUUGGCCCUGGAUGUGUUCCGGAAGGGGUGGCUCUUUGCCAGCUGUGCCAAGGACCAGAGUAUCCGCGUCUGGAGGAUGAGCAAGGCCGGUGACGUGGUCUGUGUGGCUCAGGGCUCUGGGCACACACACAGCGUGGGCGCCAUCUGCUGCUCUAGGCUGAAGGAGUCCUUCCUCGUGACGGGCAGUCAGGACUGCACCGUGAAGCUCUGGCCCCUCCCCGACACCCUGUCCUCCAAGGCUACGGCCAGGGCACCCGGCCCCGCCCUCCUGCAGGCGCAGGCCACCCAGCGCUGCCAUGACAAGGACAUCAACAGCGUGGCCAUCGCCCCCAACGACAAGCUGCUGGCCACGGGCUCGCAGGACCGCACAGCCAAGCUCUGGGCCCUGCCGCAGUGCCAGCUGCUGGGUGUCUUCUCGGGCCACCGGCGUGGCCUCUGGUGCGUCCAGUUCUCGCCCAUGGACCAGGUGCUGGCCACGGCCUCGGCCGACGGCACCAUUAAGCUCUGGGCCCUGCAGGACUUCAGCUGCCUCAAGACGUUCGAGGGGCACGACGCGUCUGUGCUGAAAGUGGUCUUUGUGAGCCGGGGCACACAGCUGCUGUCCAGCGGCUCCGACGGGCUCCUGAAGCUCUGGACCAUCAAGAACAACGAGUGUGUGCGGACGCUGGACGCCCACGAGGAUAAGGUCUGGGGGCUGCACUGCAGCCGGCUGGACGACCGCGCCCUCACUGGGGCCAGCGACUCCUGCGUCAUCCUCUGGAAGGAUGUGACCGAGGCGGAGCAGGCGGAAGAGCAGGCCAAGCAGGAGGAGCGGGUGGUCAAGCAGCAAGAACUGGACAACCUGCUCCAUGAGAAGCGUUACUUGCGGGCGCUGGGCCUGGCCAUCUCCCUGGACCGGCCCCACACUGUGCUGACCGUCAUCCAGGCCAUCCAGAGGGACCCUGAGGCCUGUGAGAAGCUGGAAGCCACAGUGCUCCAGCUGCGGAGAGACCAGAAAGAGGCCCUGCUGCGUUUCUGCGUCACUUGGAACACCAACUCGCGGCACUGCCACGAGGCGCAGGCCGUCCUGGGCGUGUUCCUGCGGCACGAGGCCCCUGAGGAGCUGCUGACCUACGAGGGCGUGCGCACCGCACUGGAGGCCCUGCUGCCCUACACCGAGCGGCACUUCCAGCGGCUCAGCCGGACACUGCAGGCGGCCUCCUUUCUGGACUUCCUGUGGCACAACAUGAAGCUGCCCACCCUCCCCACCACACCCCCCACCACACACUCCCCUCUCUGAGACACCCAUAAAAUGGUACAUUUUCCAUCCCUGCUCCG